AUGUCCAGCACUCAGGCCGCUAAUGUCUGGCAAUGGCCGCUCCAGGGCAAGGAGGGAGCCGUUAAGGUGACCGAGGAUCGACGACACUUCGAGGUGGGCCUCGACGCCACCUACUUCCGCGAGGAGGACAUCACCGUCAAGGUGAUCGACGGGCAGGUGGAGAUCAUGCUCGAGCACGAGCACCGCACCGGCCGCUUCGGCACCGUCAGGAGGACGAUCAACCGAUGCUACCGCCUGCCGGCCGGCGUCGACCCCCGCACCGUUCGCCACCACCUCCACAACAACGUGCUCUACAUCCGGGGCGACAAGAAGUCCUCAUUCUUCAAC